AUGUCGAGCUUACUGGCUUUCGGUGAUUUUCAGUUGAAGACGAUUCCACUUGCUCUUUUCUACUUUCUAUUCGCCAUUCAAACAGAAUGUCAACAGCUCGAAAUCAUUCCCGGUGACACUGAACGAGUGGUCCAAGCCGGUUCACACUUGACACUCACCUGCACCUAUCAAUAUGUAAAUGAAUACGACAAAAGGGAAAACAAUAUUUCUUGGAUCUUGCCCAGCUACCUUACCAGGAAUCCGAAAAGUGGCGUUGAGAAACGCUUGCUCAAGACUUUUAACAGGAAUGACACGCACCUGAGUUCGACGAUGACGUUAAUGAAUUCCAUACCUGAAGAUACGGGCUACUUUGGUUGCGUCGAAAUCUUGUCGUGGAACACAAUUGGGAAAAUCAGCCAAUACGUUUACGUUCACAGCGAUACAACUCUCAUAAUCGAUAAGAUGGACGACAAGUACUUAUUUCCCAAAUUUGAGCACCGACAAGGUGAAUCUCUUCUCAUCCCUUGCAAGCCGACCCAUCCUAAUGUGACAGUUUCGCUGAGUCGUGAGAAACUCAGCACAAAUGGUGAAUGGGAUUGGGAUAAUAUCACGGAUUUGUUAUCGCAACCGGAUUCUAACUGGGCGUUCGAACCGAAACUCGGCAUGACACUAACAAAUCCGAAGAUUAAUGACUCUGGAGAAUACGGAUGCGUUGGUAAAAUGGACAAUGCCGUUAUUUACGAAUACUUCUCUAUCUACGUCUUGGGUAGAAUGGAACUGACUCGAAUAGACGAGAUUGACGAUACGCUACAAGCCUGGCUGGAUGGUAGUAACGCCACUUUUAUUUGCCGUACUUCUGCUACCUCAGAGUUUCCUUCGCAACCGGAAUGGGCCUAUCAAAUCGGCGACGACGGAGAAAUGCACGUCUUAAACGAGUCUAACCCAACCGAAGGUAUACACAUCCAGUCUACAAAUUAUUAUAGCGGAAUGGGUUACACCUUUUACGAAAGUCGACUGGAUCUGUUCGAUUUUGCUAGUCAAAUACCAUUUGAUCCGUGGAAUACUUCAAUAAUUUUCAAAUGUACAGCAAAUAUCGAUACGCAACCUGUAUCGAAAACCAUUUCUUUAACAAUUAAAGAAAUAAGGUACGAUCCAGUGGUUUAUUACGUGCGGAGUAAAGGAGAAAACAACAGCACAACUGUUGCCUUUUCUGUGACUCUUGCAAUAUUAUUUGCUAUAGGAAUCUGUAUCGCUGUCAAACCUUAUUUCGACAAGGUAAGCGGUGCAAAUGAUGGCAUACUUUACCCACGCGUUUACUUAAUUUUGUCCAACGAAAAGAAACGAAGCGGAUUUCGAGAAAAAGUGGAAAACAACUUGGAAUCGCCAAUUGAGGAGCAAACUGAACUGAUAACGACAUCAUACGAUUCGCAAGAUAACAGACAGAUGAACGAAUCAUCAAGAGAUGAAUUCUAUUCACUUAAUAAUACUGCACAAGGAAUCAAUAAUGAUUGAUGACUUGUUUCCAGUGUCAUAAAACUUAUGAAAAAAAACAGGUGACCUCCUUUAUCCCACAAAAAUAUGUUAUCUGUAGGUAUUAAAUGCCAUCAGAUUACAGAAAACCCUUUCCCAUUACACUGAAUGAUGGUGACUUAAAAAUAUGACAGUUUUUGAAUGAAAAUAUAUAUCUACCUUUGAGAGAUAGAA